AUGCUCCUCACCCGCCUCGCCCGCCCCGCACGCCACCUCGCCCGACCUUUCUCUGUCUCUGCCAUCUCCAGAAUGAAGGUCAUUCCAGUCCCCGUGCGCGACGACAACUACGCCUACCUUCUCGUCGACGAGACCACCCGCAAGGCAGCUGCCGUCGAUCCGUACGACGUCCCCAAGGUCCAGGCUGCCGCUGAUAAGGCUGGUGUCCAGAUCGUGGCAGGCAUUACGACCCACCACCACCACGACCACAGCGGAGGGAAUCUUGCUUUUGCGGCUACUUUCCCCGGAGUCCCGAUCUAUGGUGGCAGCAACAAGACUCCUGCAUUGACCAAUUUUGUUGGGGAUCAAGAUGAAUUCACCAUAGGGGACUCCGUCCAUGUGAAAUGCCUUGCGACCCCAUGUCAUACACAAGAUUCUAUCUGCUACCACGCCACCUCCACCUCUGGCUCCUCAUCCCAUCCAGGCGGCGUCUUCACAGGCGAUACGUUGUUCAUCGCCGGCUGCGGUCGUUUCUUCGAAGGCACCGCCCCUGAGAUGCACGCGGCGCUCUCUUACCUGGGGACGCUGCCCGACAGCACGAUUGUGUACAACGGGCACGAGUACACCCUGGGGAGUGUCGCGUUCGCAAGGUCGGUCGACCCAGAGAACGCCGCCCUGCAGCGCCUCGAGGGCAUCGCGCGCGAGAACAAGGUUGUCACCGGCCUCACAACCAUCGGGAACGAGAAGGAGUGGAACCCGUUCAUGCGCUUGCACACCGAGCCCAUCAAGAGCGCAACUGGGGCGUCCUCGGAUGACGCCAUCAUGGACAAGCUGAGGACCAUGAAGAAUGGCUUCCGUGGAUAA